AUGGCGUCAAUUAAUCCGGAGGCCCCCCUCGAGGGCCAAGGUCGCGUUCAAGUUCCGGUGUACUCUCGCUUCAGGCCCUUGCAGAAGCGCACGAUCACCGCCAUUGCUGCAUUCUGUGGCUUUCUCGCUCAAGUUUCAACGACCAGCGUGUUAGCCGCAGUUCCAGAGAUCGUCGCAACAUACAACACCACAGCGAAUGUCGUUAGCAUCAGCAAUGCAGUCUACCUUGCGUUCAUGGGCCUUUCGUCGUUCAUUUGGGGACCUUGGGCCGACAUUUUCGGCCGUCGCUCCGCCUAUCUCUACAGCCUCACAUUAUUUCUUGUUUUCACAAUUGGAACGGCUUUGGCGCCUCAACUAGAGCUGUUCUUCCUUUUCAGGGCUUUCACGGCAUUUCAGGGAACAUCAUUUCUCAUUCUUGGAUCUAGUUGCAUUUCUGACAUCUACCAUCCCUUCUUGAGCGGCACUACCAUUGGUCCAGCUUUCGGACCGCUUCUCGGGGUAAUAGUCGUGACCUUCACUUCAUGGCGUGUCAUCUUCUGGAUCCAAGCUUCACUUGCCGCCAUCGCACUAGUUCUUGUCUUCUUCUGCCUCCCUGAGACACUUCACCGGUCUCGCGAGGGCGAGGGCAGGGCUUGGACCAGUCCAAAAAUGCUCGUCAAGAUCUACGGCAAUAGGAACAUGCUUCUCAUCUACCUCGCUUCCUCGUCUCUGGUUUGGAACAUGUACUCUUUACUCACCCCAAUCAGAUACGUGCUAAACCCCAGAUUCCACCUCACUACGCCACUGCAAUCAGGGCUGCUCUACAUUGCACCUGGAUUGGGAUAUGUAGUAGGCUGCCAGAUUGGUGGGCGAUGGGCUGAUUACACCGUUAGCUCAUGGAUCCGGAAGCGCGGUAUCCGCUUGUCUGAGGACAGACUCCGAAGCAGUCUGGUCUUCCUUGGCUUGAUGUUGCCAGGAUCGAUGGUUCUGUAUGGCUGGACGCUAGACAAAAGGUUCGGCGGUAUCUCUCUGCCUAUUAUCUGCAUGUUCCUGCAGGGUAUCGCGCAGUUGGCUGCGUUUCCGAGCUUGAAUGCUUACAUUCUGGAUGUCAUGCAACAUCAAAAUGGAGAAGCUUCAGACAGUCACUACCUCAUGCGAUACAUAUUCGCUGGCCUCGCAACUGCGGUGUGUCUUCCUCUGAUAGAAGCUAUCGGUGUCGGCUGGGUUUCAACAAUGUCAGCUGGAAUACAGUUCAUCUGUGCUGGGCUUGGAUACCUGACCGUUCGACUUGGCGAGGGCUGGCGGCAAACUCACCAACUACCUGUUCCGCUGUAGCCUUUACAUGGUUUCUAUCUCUAGAGUGCUGUCUUCGAUACACCUUUACACGGUUUAGGAUUGUUACUUGAAACAGUAUCUCCCGAAAUUGAUAUCAACCUUGACUUGUAUAUACUAGCUAGAUUUACCACUUUUCCCCAUGUAUAUACACGUGCUCGACCAUAUGCUGGGCUUUGUUCACCAAUACUCAAAUGCCCUGUCCCUGAUGGAGAUAGACGCUCGCAAGACUUAAUCAGUCUCAUCGCCCGUCGCAAACUCUCCAGCCUUGAUUUUGUCGCUAAGAGCCUUGUUCUCUCUAAUAUAAACGGCAAGAUCAGUCCGCUUCUCGAGAAGAAGGUCUGCAACAAGGCGACCAAAGACGACUUCUCCAGCGGUGUUCAG